AUGAGUUCGCUGUCAAUAGUAAGCCCCGAGAGACGGAUCGAGUUAAAUCCUUUUGACGUUGAUGCUUGGAACUUACUUCUGCGUGAAUCACAGGCGAGAUCAGUUGAUCAAGUGAGGCCCUUUUAUGAAAAGUUGGUGACGCAGUUUCCUAAUGCUGGUCGUUACUGGAAGGCGUACAUCGAUCACGAGUUGCGAGGGAAGAACUAUGAGAACGUGGAAGCGCUUUUUGAGCGUUGCCUUAUUCAUGUACUGAAUAUUGAUCUCUGGAAAUGCUACGUAUUUUACGUUCGGGAAACGAAAGGCCACCUUUCAUCUUUCCGGGAGAAGAUGGCGCAAGCUUACGAAUUUGCGUUGGAAAAAGUUGGUAUGGACAUGCACUCCUACUCAAUUUAUGCGGAUUACAUUUCCUUCCUUAAAUCAGCACCAACUGUGGGCCAGUAUGCUGAAAACCAACGCAUAUCUGCCGUGCGUAAAAUCUACCAGCGGGGUGUUGUCACUCCAAUGGUUAACAUCGAGCAGCUUUGGGCGGAAUAUUGUGCCUACGAAAAAAGCGUGAAUGCAACUCUUGCUGAGAAACUGAUUGCUGAAAGAAAUAAGGAGUAUCAAGUUGCUAAACGAAUUUCCAAGGCAUUAGAACAGGUGACGAGGGGGUUGAACCGUCAGGCUGUUAGUGUCCCACCUAGAGGCACUGCAGCGGAAAUGAAGCAGCUAGAGAUGUGGCGGAAAUAUAUUCAGUGGGAGAAAAGUAAUCCAUCUGGUACAGAAGAAUAUGCUCAGUACGCUAAAAGAGUUAUAUUUGCCUAUGAACAAGCCCUUUUGUGUUUGGGUUACUACCCUGAUAUAUGGUACGAGGCUUCCUUAUUUCAACAGAAGGCUGCCACGGCGCUAGCUGAAAAAGGAGACGUAAAAACCGCAAACGUUAUGAACGCGGAAAUAGCUCAACUUUUUGAGCGGGCUAUAGGAGGUCUUUUGAAGACCAGUCAGCUAUUAUUUUUUGCCUACGCUGAUUUUGAAGAAGAACGGAUGAAAUAUGAAAAUGUUAAGAAAAUUUAUGACCGAUAUCUUGCUUUGGAAGAAUGUGACCCGACUUUAGCUUAUAUACAGCUAAUGAAGUUUGUAAGAAGAACCGAGGGAGUUCAGUUUGCUCGUGCAGUGUUUAAGCGAGCUCGUCAAGACCCGCGCUGCAAAUUCCACGAAACAGAUAUCGCAAUACGAAUAUUUGAUAUGGGGUUGAAAAAAUAUGGAGAUGAACCAGACUACGCCUUGGCUUAUGUUGAUUUUCUUUCUCACUUAAACGAGAUAUGGGAUCGCUAUUUGGAAUUUGAAUCACAGGUUGGAGACUUAGCCAGCGUACUAAAAGUGGAUCAGAGGCGCAGAGAUGCUUUAAAGGAGUCGUACGGAGAAAUGCAAACCCUAUUGCUCAUUGACCGCUACAGAUUCCUUAAUCUCGUACCAUGUACAAAUGAACAGCUAAAGCUUAUGGGUUACUCAUUUCUGCUUGCUCUCUCUGUUUUCAUGUUUAAAGGAUUAAUCGUUUUUAACGCUGCUUCUGUUUUAGGAUCUGGAACUACUAAGUCUAUACCUGGAGGCGUUCAAGGCCCAUCUACUGUUAUGGGUGGUGGUGUCGUUCUCGAAAUAUCAGGUUACCCAAGACCUGAUACUGAUCAGAUGAUUCCAUUCAAACCUAAAGUAAAUUGCACAGCUAGCUUUCAUCCGGUUCCAGGCGGAGUAUUCCCGCCGCCACCUGCCGCUGCCCAAUUGAUGCAAAUAUUACCUCCACCUCACUGUUUUAACGGGCCAUUUGUAUCGGUCGAUCUGCUAAUGGAAAGCCUUAGGAAGUUUAGUCAAGGAGGACCACCGACUGUCAAUCCGAAUGUAAAGCUGGAAAACGGAACGAUGUUUGGUACCUACAGGAUUGAAGAUAUAAAAAAGGAGUUUUACCAGCUUGUAGCAACCACCACUGAUCCAAAUGUUAUCCUUUCUUCAAGUGAGUAUCAACAGCAGCAGUCUAUUUUGGCGGCAAGGAAACGAAAAGCUGCUGGAGAUUCGGACAGUGAUGAUGAAGCACCUCGUGGAGGUGCUGGCAUUUUCCGUGAUAUUUAUAAAAGGCGUAUGAACAUGAAAGUACAUGAAUAG